UCGCUAAACGUCAAGAAGCAAACAAAAAAAAGGACAAAAAAUUAGACAAUAAAAAACACUUGACCAAAUUAAGUCAAAAUUCCAAAAUACUAAACACCUAAAACGAAAAAAGUAACAAAAUACAUUUCUUUGGCACUCAGGAUAAUAAACAAAUAGCAAUCGGCAGAAAUGACUGGUUCAUUUAGUGUUAAACUGAAGUCAAAAAAAGGUCAAUUCAUAGUAAGCGACCUCAGCGAGAACACAACGUUGGCCGAGCUGAAAACGCGGAUAGCGCACGUAACGCAAAUCAAGGAGCCGCAGUUACAUGUUCUCGUUGGCUAUCCACCACGCCCACUAAACCUCACCGAAGAGCAGCAGCGCAACUUAAUCGCUGCAGGCAUCAAAAGUGGUGAGACACUAAUUGUGGAGGAGAAGGCAGCGGUGGCAUUAGCUGAUAAUUCCACACUGGCGGACGACGAAGCGCUGGCGCGUCGAUUGCAGGCCGAGGAAGAUGCCGAGCACUUGCGACAGGUGACAACACAAAGCAGUGACCCUGCUGUCUCCGACAGCGCUCCCAAUGCCACUCCCAGUUCCAAUCCUGUGCCAGCACCCGUUGAAGCGGGUCCAAAUGGCGACUUCAAUGGAAUCUUGUUGAAGAAGGUGGUGCCAGCGGACAACUCGUGCCUUUUCACCAGCAUACGCUUUGUGCUCAACGGCAAAGUGGACAACGAGGGCAGCGAAAUGAUGCGCCAUAUUAUUGCAACAGAGGUCGCCGCCGAUCCACAGCAAUACAAUGAUGCUGUAUUGGGCAAAUCGAAUGCCGAGUACUGCGCCUGGAUACAGAAGGCUGACUCUUGGGGCGGUGCCAUCGAAGUGUCCAUAUUGUCCAAUUAUUAUGGCAUUGAAAUCGAUGUGGUUGACAUACAGAAUGCGAUCAUCAAUCGAUUCGGAGAGGACAAAAACUUUGGUUUACGUGUCUUCCUGCUCUUUGAUGGCAUUCACUAUGAUCCGCUGUACAUGGAGACUUCACAGAGCGCAGCACCAGCCACCAUCUUUCCGGUCGAGGAGCUGGGCGUCUAUCAGCAGGCUGAGCAGCUGGCCAACGAGGCCAAAUCGUCGCGUCAAUUCACCAAUGUGGACAAAUUCAAUUUGCGCUGCCUGCAAUGCGACCUAAUGUUGGUGGGUCAAGCGCAGGCUCAGCAACAUGCCAAGGCAACUGGACAUGCGAAUUUCGGAGAGAUUUAAUACGUGCUGAUCUUUGGCGGCAUUUAUAUUUUGGCUUUUAUUCUUUUCGCCUAUUACAUACUCACCACAUAGAGAGAUAGAGAGCCCUGGAACUGUCCAACCUAAAGCGCUUUUUGCUUAUUUUAUUAUUUCUCUUCUUUAGCUAAAUCUUCAGUGGUUAAUUUAUUUAAAUCUGUCUACAUCCACGCAAAA